AUGGCGACCACCGUGUAUAAGACGCCUCACCCAGACGGCUAUACGGGGACGCUCUUUGCAGGGUAUUCCUUCUGGCUGUCUGCACAAGUGCCUCAGCGGCACAGAUUCAGAGAACUUAUCGAGAUCAAUGGCGGCAUUGUCGAAGUUCUCGAAAAAGAUGCCGAUAUCAAGCUUGUCGAUCAUGCAAAGCGAGAUCUCCCACUGCAUUCAUUUGUCGAAAAGUCUAUCCAAAAUGGUCGGCUAGAAGACCUUGAAGACCAUAGAGCCGGCCAGUAUACACGCCCAGUUGGCGCGCCUACGGUGCCUGCUCGAGGUUCAAGAGUUCCGUAUACUCUCCAGGAUGAUCAAAUUCUGUGGGACUGGCUUCAGCCAUAUGAGAAGCGUAAGGACCAGAUUGCGGGUAACCUUAUAUACCAAGAAUUGGCUCAUCAACAUCCUCGGCACACAUUCCAGUCAUGGCGGGAUCGCUACCUGAAAAGAAUUCGAGGGAGGCCUCGACCAGGAGGUCCGACGCAGGACGCCAAACCAGAUUCACCAGAACAAGUUUCCAGCCAGGUGGAUGCAGACUCAUCAUCUCAAGCCAGCAAACGGAAACGACUAUCGAAAGAGGGCUCGUCAACUGUCCCGAGUUAUGAGGUAGACCAUGAGGCCAAGCGGCGGAGACGUGCUACUGACAUUUUACCGCGAAAUGAUCCUUCCACGCCAGUUCAGAACAAUUAUGUCCCUGACAACAAAGUUCAAGGCAGUUCACAGAAUGCGAUCAGUGGUGUGUCUCAAACAGACACAUUCGAGACAGCGCUACAAUUUCCUCUCCCUACUGAAGCGGCACAGUCAUCGAUACAAUCUCAGCCAGAAGAGGAAGAGGAGCUAGAAGAAGAAGACGAAAACUUCAAAGCCUUGAUGCAGCUUCCUUUUCCCGUAGGAACAUCAGUCACCCGGCCUCAAGAUACGACAACGACCGCUGCCAAAGACGGCGAAGGGAUCGAGGAGUGGAUCCAGAAACGCAUAGAGAAAGGUCAAAGUGGUGACCAUGUGCUUCUCGCUCUCAGUUGCACUUCGAUGGAUGCCGAGCUCGCCGAUCAAGUUCUCGUCUUUCUAGGCUCAGGACAAAACAUUCCAAGCGAUAUACCCGGUGUCUGGACAGAACAAGACGACAAGGAUCUCCUAGGUGGCGAUGGAAGGGCCAUUACUCGUCUGAAUGAUAAGCAUGGCCCCGAGCUUUUCCAAAAACGACAUGAUCACCUUAGAGACGCUGCGGAAGCGACACGGCGGAUUAUGCAGGAAGGGUUAUAA